AUGGGUAAUUUGGGCGGUCCUGACUUCUUCAUGGAGAACCCUACAAUCGUGGACAAUGCGAGCAGGCCUUUCACUCCUUGGUUAAAUGAUCAUGACCCGAAAAGGUGCUUCUGCGCGUGGGAGUUGUGGUUUCUUUGGGGUGCUAGGACUGUGACUAACCUUGGAAAAGCCAAACUUGUUCAAGCUUCUGUGCUAUUACAUCCAUCAUAUAUCACUGUGGAUGACAUCCGUGGUGUUGAAAUUCCAAUUGCUAUACUUGGAGCUGAGCACGACUCACUCUCUCCUCCAAAGCUCCUAAAUCAAUUUAAACAAGUCUUAAAUGCUAAACCUGAGAUUGAUAGUUAUGUGAAGAUAUUUGCUAACGUCUCACAUGGAUGGACUGUGAGGUACGAUCCUAAUGAUCCAAAAGCUGUGAAGGCUGCUGGGAAGGCUCAUAAAAUCAUGAUAAAUUGGUUUGAUAAACAUCUUAAGAAGUGAGAACAAUGUUGUCAUCUCAUGUUUGAUUUGUAUCCUUUUGUCUGCUUGAACAAUGGAGAAGAGGAACUACCACUUUGUGGUUUAUCAAAACAAAUAAAUUGUAUCAAGACAAAUGUUAUCUGACAGAUUAACCAUAAAAAUAUCACAGAAGCCAAUUUU